CGGGCGGGGGGGAGGAGGGCAAUCUCCCGCCAUUUUUCAAUAAUUUCCUCCGGUGCUGCUGAGCAGCAGUCGUGACUGCCGGCCCCGGGGAUCCGCAGCCAAGGUGGGCCGGAGGCCGCAGGACGACACCGAGGCGUGCGUGGGAGUUCUGUGCCUGUGCGUUCCGCUCCAUGGGGGUCUCGCGGCCGCGCUAGCAGUGAGGGAGCCGGAGUUCGCGCCGCCCUCUCACCCCUCCCCUCCCCCACCUGCCCCCGGGAGCGCGGCGCUAGCCCGGGGCCGCGGGGCCUAGUGUCGCGCUGCGGGCUCGCCGAGGAGCCGCCAAGAAAGCCCGCCACCGCCGCCGCCGCGAUGGCGCCGCUCCUGGGCCGCAAGCCGUUCCCGCUGGUGAAGCCGCUGCCGGGAGAGGAGCCGCUCUUCACCAUUGCGCACACCCAGGAGGCCUUCCGCACCCGGGAAGAAUAUGAAGCCCGCUUGGAAAGGUACAGUGAACGCAUUUGGACGUGUAAGAGUACCGGAAGCAGUCAGCUAACACACAAGGAGGCCUGGGAAGAGGAACAGGAAGUCGCUGAACUUUUGAAGGAGGAGUUCCCUGCCUGGUAUGAGAAACUUGUUCUGGAGAUGGUCCACCAUAAUACAGCCUCCUUGGAGAAGCUAGUAGACAGUGCUUGGCUGGAGAUCAUGACCAAGUAUGCUAUGGGAGAAGAAUGUGACUUUGAGGUUGGGAAGGAAAAAAUGCUCAAGGUGAAGAUUGUGAAGAUUCAUCCUUUGGAGAAAGUGGAUGAAGAGGCCACUGAGAAGAAAUCUGAUGGUUCCUGUGAUUCUCCAUCAAGUGACAAAGAGAAUUCCAGCCAAAUGGCUCAGGACCAUCCCAAGAAGGAGGCAGUUCUAAAGGAAGAUGAAGGAAGGAGGGAAAGCAUAAAUGACAGGGCACGUAGAUCUCCACGAAAACUCCCAACUUCACUAAAAAAAGGAGAAAAAAGAUGGGCUCCUCCAAAAUUCCUGCCUCACAAAUACGACGUGAAACUGCAAAAUGAAGAUAAGAUCAUCAGCAAUGUGCCUGCAGACAGCUUGAUUCGUACAGAGCGUCCACCAAAUAAAGAGAUACUUCGAUAUUUUAUACGGCAUAAUGCAUUACGGGCUGGUACUGGUGAAAAUGCGCCUUGGGUGGUGGAAGAUGAAUUGGUGAAAAAAUAUGCGCUGCCUAGCAAGUUCAGUGACUUUUUACUUGACCCAUACAAGUACAUGACUCUCAACCCUUCUGCAAAGAGAAAGAAUACGGGGUCCCCAGACAGGAAGCCCUCGAAGAAAACCAAGAUUGAUAGCUCUUCUCUCAGCUCACCACUAAAUCCCAAGUUAUGGUGCCAUGUGCACCUGAAGAAGUCCUUGAAUGGAUCCCCACUGAAAGUGAAGAACUCAAAGAAUUCCAAAUCUCCAGAAGAGCAGCUGGAGGAAGUGAUGAAGAUGAUGUCACCCAACAAGCUGCACACUAACUUUCACAUUCCUAAGAAAGGCCCGGCUGCCAAGAAGCCAGGGAAGCACAGUGACAAACCUCUGAAGGCAAAGGGCAGAAAUAAAGGUAUUCUCAAUGGACAGAAGUCCACAGGAAAUUCAAAGUCUCCCAAAAAGGGGUUGAAGACACCUAAAACCAAAAUGAAGCAAAUGACUUUAUUGGAUAUGGCCAAAGGUACUCAGAAGAUGACACGAGCUCCCCGGAAUUCUGGGGGUACACCUAGAUCUUCUAGUAAGCCUCAUAAGCAUCUGCCUCCUGCUGCCCUACACCUCAUUGCCUACUACAAAGAGAACAAAGACAGGGAGGACAAGAAGAGUGCCCUCUCUUGUGUUAUCUCCAAAACUGCUCGUCUUCUCUCCAGUGAAGAUAGAGCUCGUCUCCCAGAAGAAUUAAGAAGUCUUGUUCAAAAACGCUACGAGCUUCUAGAGCACAAAAAGAGGUGGGCCUCUAUGUCAGAAGAGCAACGCAAAGAAUAUUUGAAAAAGAAACGAGAGGAGCUGAAAGAAAGAUUGAAGGAGAAAGCCAAGGAGCGGAGAGAGAGAGAAAUGCUUGAGAGACUGGAAAAACAGAAACGGUUUGAGGACCAAGAGUUGGCUGGCAAAACGCUCCCGGCGUUCAGACUGGUGGAUACUCCCGAAGGGCUGCCCAACACGCUCUUCGGCGAUGUGGCUUUGGUGGUGGAGUUCUUGAGCUGUUAUUCUGGGCUGCUCCUACCAGAUGCCCAGUAUCCUAUUACUGCUGUGUCCCUCAUGGAAGCCUUGAGUACAGAUAAAGGUGGCUUUUUAUAUUUGAAUAGAGUAUUGGUCAUCCUCUUACAGACUUUACUACAAGACGAAAUAGCUGAAGACUAUGGUGAAUUGGGAAUGAAGCUGUCAGAAAUCCCUCUGACUCUGCAUUCCGUUUCAGAACUGGUGCGCCUCUGUUUGCGCAGAUCUGAUGUUCAGGAGGAGAGUGAGGGCUCGGAAACAGAUGACAAUAAAGAUUCAGCACCGUUCGAGGACAAUGAAGUACAAGAUGAAUUCCUCGAGAAACUGGAAACAUCUGAAUUUUUCGAGCUAACAUCAGAGGAGAAGCUGCAGAUCUUGACAGCACUCUGUCACCGGAUUCUUAUGACAUACUCAGUGCAAGACCACAUGGAAACCAGACAGCAGAUGUCUGCAGAGUUGUGGAAGGAACGACUUGCUGUGUUGAAGGAAGAAAAUGAUAAGAAGAGAGCAGAGAAACAGAAACGGAAAGAAUUGGAAGCCAGAAAUAAAGAAAAUGGAAAAGAGGAGAAUGGGUUAGGUGGUAAAAGUGAUAGGAAAAAGGAAGUUGUAAAGUUUGAGCCUCAAGUAGAUACAGAAGCGGAGGACAUGGUUAGUGCUGUGAAGAGCAGGAGGCUGCUUGCCAUUCAGGCUAAGAAGGAGCGGGAAAUUCAGGAGAGAGAAAUGAAAGUGAAAUUAGAACGUGAAGCUGAAGAAGAAAGAAUACGGAAGCACAAAGCCGCUGCUGAGAAAGCUUUCCAGGAAGGAAUUGCCAAAGCAAAACUAGUCAUGCGUCGGACCCCUAUUGGGACAGAUCGAAACCAUAAUAGAUACUGGCUCUUCUCAGAUGAAGUUCCAGGAUUGUUCAUUGAAAAAGGCUGGGUACAUGACAGUAUUGACUAUCGAUUCAACCAUCACCGCAGAGACCGUGCAGGUCCUCCUGAUGAGGACUACUACCCCCGCAGUAAGAAAGCAAACAUAGGCAAAAACGCAAGCCUGAAUGCACAGCAUGGACCUGCAGCAGAAAUUGCUGUGGAGACCACUACACCCAAACAAGGGCAGAACCUAUGGUUUCUGUGUGAUAGUCAGAAGGAGCUGGACGAGUUGCUCACCUGCCUCCACCCUCAGGGAAUAAGAGAGAGUCAGCUUAAGGAGCGAUUGGAGAAGAGGUACCCGGACAUCAUUCAUUCUAUUCAUCUGGCUCGGAAACCAAAUUUGGGUCUAAAAUCCUGUGAUGGCAAUCAGGAGCUGUUAAGCUUUCUUCGGAGUGAUCUCAUUGAAGUUGCAACAAGGUUACAAAAGGGAGGACUUGGAUAUGUGGAGGAAACAUCAGAAUUUGAAGCUCGGGUGAUUUCGUUAGAAAAACUGAAAGAUUUUGGUGAGUGCGUGAUUGCCCUUCAGGCCAGUGUCAUAAAGAAGUUUCUCCAAGGCUUCAUGGCUCCCACACAGAAGAGAAGAAAACUCCAAAGUGAAGAUUCCACAAAGACGGAGGAAGUGGAUGAAGAGAAAAAAAUGGCAGAGGAGGCAAAGGUUGCAUCUGCGCUAGAAAAAUGGAAGGCCGCAAUCCGUGAAGCUCAGACCUUUUCCAGAAUGCAUGUUCUACUUGGGAUGCUUGAUGCCUGUAUCAAGUGGGAUAUGUCAGCAGAGAACGCUAGAUGCAAAGUUUGUCGAAAGAAAGGUGAGGAUGACAAACUGAUCUUGUGUGAUGAGUGUAAUAAAGCCUUCCACCUGUUCUGUCUGAGGCCCGCCCUCUAUGAAGUUCCAGAUGGCGAGUGGCAGUGCCCGGCUUGCCAGCCUGCUACCGCCAGGCGCAACUCACGUGGCAGGAAUUAUACUGAAGAGUCUGCCUCUGAGGACAGUGAAGAGGAUGAAAGUGAAUCGGAGGAGGAGGAGGAAGAGGAGGAAGAAGAAGAUUAUGAGGUGGCAGGAUUGCGGUUGAGACCUCGAAAGACUAUUCGGGCCAAGCAGAGUGUUAUUCCCGCUGUAGCCAGGCCUGGCCGACGCCCAGGGAAGAAGUCACAUCCUGCCAGGAGGUCUCGGCCAAAGGCCCCACCUGUGGACGACGCGGAGGUUGAUGAGCUGAUGCUUCAAACCAAGCGGAGCUCCCGGAGGCAAAGCAUAGAACUACAGAAAUGUGAAGAGAUUCUCCACAAGCUUGUGAAGUACCGUUUCAGUUGGCCUUUCAGGGAGCCUGUGACCAGAGAUGAGGCUGAAGACUACUACGAUGUGAUCACCCAGCCCAUGGACUUCCAGACAAUGCAGAGCAAGUGUGCCUGUGGGAGCUACCGCUCUGUGCAGGAGUUCCUCACCGACAUGAAGCAAGUGUUUACCAACGCAGAGCUUUACAACUGCCGUGGCAGCCACGUGCUGAACUGCAUGGUGAAGACAGAACAGUGUCUGGUGGCUCUGCUGUACAAACACCUUCCUGGCCACCCGUAUGUCCGCAGAAAACGUAAGAAGUUUCCUGACCAACUUCCUGAAGAUGAAGGGGACAGUGAGCCAGAGCCCGUCGGACAGUCCAGGGGACGAAGACCGAAGAAAUAG